CGUGCUUGGUCAGCGUGUAGGAUGGAAUGGCCAGCAGGUGCCCGUCAAGGUGGCAUGAAUUAGCCCAGGAUUUCGGACACAUUUGACCAUGGAUAUUUCGUCGAAGCAGGAUACAGAUGUCUACAUUGGCCCAUACAGGGCUACAAAGUUGUGGAAUGAAAUUAUUCAUACAUUCCGGAAAGACAUGCCAUGUGGCCGGCAUCGAAGAUACAUGAGAACAUACGACAACUGCUUUGUGGCAUCAGGAGCUGUUGAUUGGCUUUUGAAACACCUAAGAUGUAAUCCCAAUUUUGGUCCAGAAGUCACUCGGUGUCAGACAGUGCAACUCCUGAAGAAGCUGUUCAAGUCAGGAGUCUUUGAGGAUGUCAGACCAUCCAAACAUGGCCGAUCAGACUUCACAGACAAUGGCAGAAUUUACAGGUUUGUUUACAAAUCGCCACCUCGUCCCUCACGCCCAGUUCUUGUUCCUCGCGCAAACUAUUUGAAUGGAGAGUCAAAGAUCGGGUCAAGUAAUGACCUGGCAGCAAACCUCCCCGAGCCCCUCCUACAGGAGUGCCACCUGGUGGGCCGCGUACUGUCGGCUGAAGAGAUAGAGGAUGUCUGGAAGAGUCUCACUCUGCACAGGCUACAGCAGACACUGGGUACCAUAGACCUCGGUGAGAUCCUUGACAGCAGCUACGUCAGUGGGCGCAACAUCCAUCACAACUGUCUGUACGUCAACAAGAGUGGCAUUGUCACCAACAUCGAGGCAAAAGAUCAACUGCCUCACUGGGCCAUGUCUGCAAUGAAGUGCCUUGCUCGUUGGCCUGAGAAAGUUGAUGACAAUCUGCCAAGUUACCCCGGUUUUGAGAAGGAUGUGUUUGGAGUGGUGAAGGACUAUUUCUGUGGUCUGGCAGAACCACUGAUGACCUUUGAGAUGUAUGAGGUCAUCACAAAUGUAUUUGUGGGGUCUGAGGACACUGAGGAGCGAACUCGGCGAGCACUGCGCCUGGUGUGCCUGCUGCUGCCUCCGGCCAACCGCCGCCGUCUGCAGCUGCUGCUGAAGCUGAUGUACAAGAUGUGUCACAACCAGGAGCUGUGUCUGGACAGGACACAGACUACCAGGCAGCUGCUACUGGAUACCUUCACGCGCACCAUCUUGAGUUCCCAUGAAGAAGCUGACAUGGAUGAACUCCUCGUCCGACAGAUUGUUUCUUUUCUCAUCGACAACUAUGCUGAGAUCAUGACUGCGCCCCUUGACCUCAAGGUCGCAGUUGAAGAGAGGCUGAAGGACAUGCAAAAGCCGCAGAUUGUGUACUCACCCGGAGACCCCGCUCUCUCCCGUUACUGCACACAGGUCUCCAUGGAGAAGUACGAGUCCCAGAAGCUGAGCAGCUCUCAGAAGGCCCUCGCCGAUCUUUUGGAGGAAAUCAUUGCUGAUCAGUCUAUGUCCAUUAAGGACAAGAAGAAACGGUUGAAACAAUUCUCCAAAACAUAUCCCAGUCUGUACUAUCGGCGCUUCCCGACUGCCGAGAGUGAGGCUGAGGUCAUUCCGCCAAAGCCGAAGAUAAAACCGCCGCUCCUGGUGAAGCCCCUGAUGAAACUACGAGGACUCCGACUGUGACACGAUGUGAUGGGGAUGAAUAUCUAGUCAUCAUGUGCUGGACCUAGUGCUAGAGAUUGGACAACAUCUAUGGAUAGAGUUUGCCUCUCGAUUAAUUUAUUGGUUCAAUUUUGUCAUUUGUUGUAUCUUAUGUGCCUUUCGAUAUGUCAGAUCUAAAUUAGGUAUAUCGAAAGAUAUUUGAAAAAUGAUCUCAAAAUUAUUAUUUCAGGGAAAGGUUAAUGCAAAUUUUAUGGAAUGAUUAAAGAUCAUUUCAGGGAAAACAACUCUCCAUUGUAGCUGUAAUAUGUGCAGAUGUUCUUGAACAUUAAUAGUCUUCAUUGUCUGCCAUCAUUAGAUGUCCUGUGCAUUGUCUCCAUUCUAGUAUGAUAAAUAUUGAAGACCUAUUGCCACCAUUGACUUAUUAGAGAAGUUAUCAUUUUGCCUAUUAUCACUUACUUAGCACUGAAUAUGUCUAAUCCAUGUUGAUUGAAUCAACAUAUGCUGAAAAUAACUUCUGAAAUGAGGUCAAAAUGGCUCUGCAGCCUCCUAUGAUCAAUACAUUGGGAAACAUAUAACGUAAAGGUCUUGAAAUUAAGUUACUUAUUUAAGCUUGCACUAGAAAAGUUAAUAGACAUUCCCAGAUGUAUAUGACAGAGUUGGCACUAUAUCAGUAUAUCCACAUGUGUCAAUCAUGAAAGAACACGAUUUUGAUUGGCUGGCUAUUUUUAGUGUCAUGUCAUUCAAAUCUGACUCAAGAGGAAUCUCGGGAUCAGGUGGUCAGGCUGGCUUCACAUCCAGCUAUCCCGUACCCUUUCCCUUCUUGGUGAACAGGACCCAUGAAGUUCCGGGUUAGAGUUCAGUAACCCAUGCUUGUCGUGAGGGGUGAGCAGGAUCAGGUGGUCAGGCUCG